UAGGCCCCGGCUACGGCUUCCAGCUACGGCAGUGGCCCGCGGUCCGUGGACACUCCCCGCCCAACAACCUUCCACUGUCUUCUCCCGCCUGCAGACGCCAUCCUCGUUUGGAUACCAACACCACCCCACGGAAUCCGUCUAUGUGUCACUGCCAUUCAUUCUCCUACCUGGGUUAUGGUAAUGGGCCGAAUGGUGUAUUGGACUAUCUUCCCAAUACACCAUUGUAUUGGGAAGAUACAAUGGUGUAUCUUCCCAACCAUUGUAGAGGUUUUUACAUGUAGAGGUUUUUCUAGACCGUCAUCGGUUUUCCCUCAUCACAUUUUAUCAUUUGAUAAUUAGCCUGUCAUGUACUUGUAAUGGUGUGCCGUUAGCCUGUAUGGGGAUGCCGGGUGCUACUUUAUGGAUAAUACCGACAACUAAGGACAUACUUUUAGAAAUUGGUUGACUUGUAUAUUUAGAGUGAAAUCAUGCUUUUUGUGAAAUGAAUGAAGGAUGAUUUUAAGAGCUAACGCUACAUCAAUCUUGAAUAAAUACCUAGCUAAUUAAAAAAACUACCUAAUAAAUACAACCUUACAAGUUUGUAAUGCGUAGCGAACAUGCGCCAGGAAAAUGUGAGAUGGGGCUGGCUGAGAUUGAACAGGGCAAAAAUAAGUUUUUAUUAUCUAGGGGAUAAAGAUAAAAUUCGUUUAAAUUCAGUGAUUUCCAUCAGUUAUUCCUUUCUCAUUUUUAAUUUCAAUCGUCUUCCGGCUCCAGUGAGUCCGUUAGACGUGGGCCAUGUGUUGGUCGUCAGCGGGAAAUGCGUCUGUCCACAUGGAUUUGGUCUGUGGGAGCAGAACGCCACUUGCAUUCCAUGUCCAUUGGAAGAAGUCAAUGAGCGAGUAACUACUCCAGAUGGGGGAAUGAUUAUAGACAAUCUAGGAAAAUGUAUUUGUCCAAUCGACCACAAAUAUAUUCUCAGGAACGGUUAUUGUCAACCAAUCUGUGUAGUUGAUGAUGAUUGUCCAGACGAUAAGUUCUGUUACGCAAAGAAUAGCACGUGUAUCACUCCGUGCUUAAUGGAUGUGUGUCCCACAACCGCGCACUGUACAGCUAUCCGGCACGCCGCUAUUUGUCGAUGUCCAGAGGGAACGAAAGGAUAUCCUACACCAGACGAGGGCUGCGUUAGACCAACGCUACCUCGUCUCGAUUUCCCGUCACCAAAUAUGAGGGUUAACUGUUUAGCGGAUGGAGUUCAAGUCGACAUCGAUAUUCACAAAACGGAACCAUACGCAACAUUCGGAGAGUUCAAUGGUUUCCUAUAUGUCGAGGGAUUUUCGGAGGAUCCUAACUGUCGAAAAUCUGACCCCCCUUUGGACGACAGGCCGGUAGAUUUCAAGGUCAAGUUUGGCACAUGUGGAACGAAACUUAAGGACGGCGAAGUCGGAUUUGUCCUGGUUAUCCAAAGGUACCCAAAACUCGUCACCUUUACUCCGCAAACUUUCCCCAUCAAAUGCCUCUACAUGACUGGAGAGAAACCAGUAGGAUUAAACGCAUCCAUGAUGGACACGAGCCCGCCUCCAACUUGCCUCAUGAAAAUAGUGACUGCCACCGGGGGUGAAAUCACUUCGGCUGAAAUAGGAGAAACUAUGCUGCUUCGCGUUGAAGUACAACCUCAAACAAUUUAUUCAGGUUUUCCAAGAAACUGUGUUGCCAAGAUUAUGGCCGGAGAUGCUAAGAACGAAUAUUUAGUUACUGAUGAAAACGGAUGUGCUACUGAUCCAACUGCAUUUGGGGAAUGGGAAGUCGAUCACAACAAUUCGUUGCUACUCGCGCAUUUCAACGUCUUCAAGUUCCUAACUAGUGGCAGGAUAAAGUUCCAGUGUAAUGUGAAAGUCUGUUUCGGAGAGUGCCAACGGUUUAAUUGCCGCGACCAAAUUGGUUUCGGGGGAAGAAAACAACAAAUCUUUCAGGAUCGGGAUGCUUCCUUGUCGACAUCCUUUCCUGAUUACUACGUAGGCCAAGUAAGAAAAGAAGUAACGGUAGAGUCCAAUCCUAUUUUAGUUUUGGAACGUCGAGCAGAGCAGCGCACAAAUCUAUCCGAAGGGAGGCGUCCAUAAGUCAUGUGACGAGGAUGGGAGGGUAAAAGGAUUCUUUGCGAUUGGCCACUUUGCACUACUAAUAAUUUAUGAACGUUCCCUCAUUAAUAAAAAAAAAAUUAAUCUUCA